AGGCACAACAGGAAGUCAGUUCUGGUUCCUGGGUUAAGGCGCUCGGCCAGGGGGGAGCGCCCUGCGCCGGGAGCUGCCGUGGGCUCCGCGAGGAGCUCGUUUGCAGUUCCCAAGAUCAUGGCAGUGUAACUUAGAAAAAAAUUUCCACUGAAGAUGUUUUGAAAGCAGAAAUACAUAGAGAAGUACUUGCUGCUGGAUGGCAUCAGUGUUCUAAUACGAACCCGUGAGAGUUACUUUUCAGGUCUAUUAACUUGACCAGCUUUUCAGUAAUGAAACAAUACUGGGAAUGAUGGACAAAAACAUUGGAGAGCAGCUUAACAAAGCUUAUGAAGCCUAUCGACAAGCAUGCAUGGAUAGGGACCAUGCUGUGAAAGAACUACAGCAAAAAACAGAAAACUACAUGCAGCAAAUACAUGAACAGCAGGAAAAGAUAGAGCUUCAAAAUAGCGUUAUUGCAAAGCUGAAAUCACAGUUAGCUGCUCUGAAUGCUAAUAGAGGUAAUGUGCACCCCUGUGCUCUGAUGCAUGAAGACAACGAAGCCUCUAACUUGUCUUUCAGCCAGCUCUCUGAAAAACUCAACAUAGCAAAGCAAAGAGAAAAACUCUUAAAGGAACAGUUAGAAAGUGAGAGCAUGAAGUUGAAGCAACUUGAGGACAAAAACAGUCAAAAGGAAAGGAAGCUUAUGUCUAUCAUUUCCAAUCAAGAAGAUGAAAUAAGAACUCUGAAAAGCAAAUUGAAAGAAUUAAAUGAAGCUCAAAAGGGUAUACAUAUGCCAACAUAUAAAACAAAGGCAAAAAGUAAGAAAGUUGUUCCAGAUGAAUGUGAUUUAUGUCUAGGGAUCCCUGGUAUUUCUCCUAUGCCUGACAGAGAGAAUCUGGAGACUAUUUUCCAGGACAUAAAAGAAGAGUGUCAUCGAAUAUGUAUGCUAGCCACAAAACAAACAGACCAACUGAGUAAAUUUAAGAUAAAGCCAGAACCUGAAAGUGAAAUACAGUUUUCCAUGCCAAUACAGUGUACUGAUAAAACUGAUGAACAAGCAGAAGAGCUUUUUAAGCCUCGGGUUAUAAAGGAUAUAAAUAGAGGUGCAUCAUGCAUCACAUCUAUCACACCAAGAGGAGUGGGCCAAGAUGAGGACAACAACUCUGUAGAAUCACUUUCUAAAUUUAAUGUCAAGUUUCCACCUACAGACAAUGACUCUGCUUUCUUGCAGAGCACUCAGGAAAAACCAACCAUUCCUUGUACUGGUAUAGCUGAAAACAUGCUUCAAGAUCAUCAUUUUAACCUGGAGCACAGAGAUCGUGCUGUUAACCUCAGUAAAUUGGAACCUAAUUCAUUUGAAGCUCAUGGAGUUGAUCUCAUUACCUCAGCUUUACAAAACUUAACUACUGUUGACAAAACAAACCCCCAAAAUCAUGCAAACAAACCCAUAGAAAAUACCUGUGACAAAACAUGUUUCAAAACAACAGACACUGAUUUCACAUUGGCACAUAAGCACACAAGCCAGAGUGUACCUGAAGCAAUUUUUUCUUCUUUAGAAGCUGCUGGAACAACCGUCAGAGGUCCUCAUCAGCUCAUUUGGCAGCCUCAAGACAAUGAUUUGCUGGCACAAGUUUAUACAGACUCUGAACUGAAUCAGUGUGGAGUAUGUGAAUUCUGUCGAGAAGUUUUCCCACCAUCUUUAACAUCUAAGGAUGAUUUUCUUCGGCAUCUGAAUUCCCACUUUGAAGUACAGUCUUAAUAUAUGAAAAUUCAAUUGAUCAUGAAAUGUUUUUGCCUACAUUUAAGGUUUUGUUUUUUUCAAUAGACAUGCUAAGAAUUCAAGAAUUAAGACUUCUUAUAACAAGAACUUGUGACUGAAAUUGUCAGAUAAGCACAUUUUUAGUUGACGUUUGACAAGGCAAAAUAAAAAUGUAAGUCACUCAGUACUAUAGUUCACAUCUUUGCUUGUUAUGCUUAAAUAUUAGCUUUGAGAAUGAUGUUAAACACCUAAACACCUUUUCUUUGAUAGGGUUUUUUUUUGGGUUAAUAAUUGCCUGAAUAAGCCCAAAGUCAUUAUUGUGUUUAUAAGUGUAGACUUGCAAACGUGCAGUAUUAACACCUUAAUCAGGCUGGAGAAACUGGUGUGCUGCUAGGAUUUUUUUAUAUAUAUAUCCAGUGAUGUGAUUACAUUCUCUUUGAAGUAAACAGUAGCAGAAAUA